AAGUUCAAAGCAAACGACGUCGGUUCUCAUAUGGGUCACAGCGACGCUGUCAGGACUGUCGUUUCGGCAGGCACUAACAUCCAAAUUGUAAUCUUGGUUCGCUUCAUUACUACGUGAAGCGGGAAGAUGAAGAGAAAGAGAGAAGGCAAAGAGGAGAUGGAUAUCGUGUGGCAGACCCCAGCAAAUCCCCCGCACCCGCACGAUUAUAUCACUCGAAACGGAAUUCGAUUCGUUAGACCAUACUACUUCGAGUUCAUCGCUCAUGUUAAGAAUCGGUGGGCGGGGAAAACCAUUGUGGAUUUAUUCGCUGAGGAGUUUAAAGGUCGACCUUAUGAGUAUUAUGUUGGUGCAGUGAAAUGUGGUAGGAUUCAAGUAGAUGGUGAGAUGGUACCGGUUUCAUACAUUGUUAAAUCAUCUCAAAAGAUAAGCCAUUUCGUACACAGGCACGAACCACCUGUGAUGGCUUGUGAUGUUCCUAUUCUUCAAAAAGAACCAGAUGUCCUAACUGUUUGUAAGCCAGCAUCUAUCCCUGUGCACCCAUGUGGUCAAUAUCGAAAGAACACUGUUGUUGGCAUUCUUCAAGCUGAGCAUGGGCUGGCACCCCUAUUUCCUGUUCAUAGACUUGAUCGCCUUGUCUCAGGACUUCUUAUUUUGGCCAGAAAUGCUGCAAAAGCUGACAUUUUUAGGCAACAGAUAGAAGCUGGCUUAGUUCACAAACAGUAUAUAGCAAAAGUAGUUGGGGCAUUUCCUGAGGAUGAGCUAAUUAUUGAUGCCAAUAUAGACUAUAAUGCACGGGAAGGAAGGAGCACAGCAGAGGUUGGAGGCUCUGCAAAGGGGAAGGCUGCCUCUACAAAAUUUACUCGGAUUAGUACUAAUGGAACUCAAAGUAUUGUUUUAUGUGAACCAAUUACUGGCCGUACUCAUCAAAUACGCGUUCAUUUACAAUAUUCAGGGCACCCAAUAGCCAAUGACAUGCUGUACAUCUCAGAACAAACUGUUGAUCGAUCUGUUAAAGGGUUGAGUGCUGAUAGAUCAGCCUGCAUAUCUGAUGCUUCUCUGGCAUCAAAUUUUGAUGACAAGGUGCUCAAUGCAUGCGAAGAAAAUUCUAAUGGAGGUUUUAGCAUUGACCCCAUGUGUACAAAUUGUCCAAAUUUGGCACCCAAAGGAUAUGAUGCUGAUGAAGAAGGUCUAUGGCUACAUUGUAUUCGUUACUCUGGACCUGAAUGGACGUAUGAGUGUCCAUAUCCUGAUUGGGCGAAACUUAGCUAGACAACUUGUAUAUAUUUGACCUUCAAUUCUAAUACAGCACUGGUUGAUCACAAGACAUUCAUAGAUCAUGGGAGGAGUUUUCCCUCUAAGUUUUUCUGGUUAGUGAAAAGUUAUAAUAUUUAGGGACAUCAAUUAUUGUGAUUAUUGAUUGGUUGGCGAGGGGAAGACGUAGAAAAAACAACAGAUGUACUUAGCCUUUUUUUCCUAAACAUAUUUGAGUGGAACAAGGAAGCCAAAUUUAUUAAGACGUAUGUUCUAACAGCUGUCUGGACUCUGGAGUAUGGACCAAUUUCGAAAAUUGAGUUGAGUGUUUUAGUGGUUAUCUUUUAUCAUUUAUUUGCAUAUGUAAGAAUGAUAAAAAUGGAUGCAGCAGUAGAUGUAACAUUUCCGCCGCAAUCUUUAUUGCUUUAACAAUCUAGUUAGGGGUUUAUUUUACA